AUGGAUCGCCCCAAUACCAGUACCACAGAGUCUCACAAUGGCAGUGAGAGAGAUCUCGAGCUGAAUUCACGAAAUCAAGAAGUCACUGACAACGAGGAGAGCCAACCCAACAACGACAAUCAAGUCCCUGUUGCUGCAACGAAUGAAAAUCAACGGGUUGAAGGCGUUGAUGAAGAAGGAGCCACAGAGGAUCAUCCUCGUGUGCCAUCACUACCACCAUCUGUGACCGUCCAAGCAGACCCAAAAUUCAUGGAAAUUUCGGAUCAAGAGCGGGAAUGGGCACUGCAGAUCAAGCGCACAGUGGAGGCCAGUCCUGAAUUAGACAAUAUUCCGGACAUGAUGUAUGCUCAUUUGGCCAUAUUCUCACAGGGUGACUUGGAUUGUGCUGUGAAUCGGGUGUUCAACCUUCAAGCCUACAAGAAAGAGUACAAUAUUGUCGAUUCUAUCGAAGAGGGCAAGAGGGUUAUCGAGAAGUACAAUAUUCAAGACUUUCAAGGUAUUGUGCUCUCCUUUGAUUUUGAUUUGGAGGCAGGCACUUCUCUGUUGGUACUUGAUCCUACGAAACUUGACAAAAGUGUCUUCAAGUGUCAUAGAAAGACAAAGGAAUUAUUCAUGGCACUGUACUACAUGUCACAGGCCUUCUUCCCCAACCUGGGGGUAGUGAGAAAAGGACAUGUACAGAUAACUGAGUUUGAGG